AAAGGCAGCUGACUAGCUCUGUGGGUGAGUUGGGUUUGACCCGUUUAAUAUAUGGAAUAAACCAGGGAGGACUGAAUGUAGCUAGCAGAGGAGAGACUCUGUGAAAAACAACUAAACUGUCCAAGGCUGUACUUCACAGCUUCAGCUGAGUGUUGGGGUUCAGUACUGUCUGAUGGGGCCCCCAGGCAACAAUUACUGCUGCAAAGGGUCACCCACCACAACAUGAAAAGUAGCCAUGGCCUGCUGCUGGUGUGGGAUGGCAGUCAGGCUUGUGUUCUAACAUUUUACCUGCUCUAAGCAACAGCUUCCAUGUCAGAUGAAAUCUGUUCUCAACAGCAGACUUCAUGUGUCUCUAAAAGUGUGAAGAGCUGAAGAUCACUAUUCCCUGAAGAGAAUAGGAUGCCUUUGCAUGGCUAGGAGUAGGGAAGACCCCCUUGCUGGCUUGGAAAGCACUGCUGUUGCGCUCUUCCCUACUCCUGUUGAGGGUUGCAGAGAAACACAAACAUUUGUCAGGGAAAAAAUUCUGAUGCCAGCCCAGAAGCAAAUCAGCAGCCUGUGCAUCAGAAGAGUUAAAUUUCUUGUGUGUUCCUGCUGUAAAGUGACAUGGGUGCCAGGCAGUUAGGGCAGAUUUGAGCUUUGGUUUCUGCUUGUGGGAGUUUGGCCAAGCAGAAUUCAUCAUUCCACUGUAGUCAUGCAGAUGUGGCCCUGCUCCUUUGCAUACUGUCUCCACACUUGGCCUCAGGGUCUAGGUCUAGGCCUCAGUGGCCCAGUUUUCUUAGCUGGGCAAUUUGGGGUUAUCAUAUCUGAUUCUGUUCUUCCAUCAGCAAGAGAAAGUUACUUUGAUUUCUGUUGACUACUGGCCGAAAUCAUAAUUGCCUGCACCAAACUGCACUGCAAAACAUGUAACAGGUCAAUCGCAUGCUCUGAGCUUCGGGGUUUAAGCUUGCUCUACUCUCUGUGAAUUUUUAAGAAAUUAAUGCAUCCUUGUUUGAACAUUUGUAUAGGUCUGUAUGCUUUGCUCAGUAGGAUAUCAUCUUUUCUGUUGUCACCGCUCAGAGAAGACCAGCCGACGAUGGAUGGCAUUAGAUUAUGCAGGAAUUUCCAUUGGUAUCCUGGGCUGCUAUGUGUCAGGAGUAUUUUAUGCAUUUUAUUGCAAUAACUACUGGCGUCAGGUAUAUUUAAUCACUGUGCUGGCAAUGAUCUUGGCAGUAUUUUUUGCUCAGAUUCAUCCCAGUUACCUCACGCAACAGUGGCACAGACUGCGCUCCAUAAUCUUUUGCUCAGUGUCUGGAUAUGGAAUUAUUCCCACCAUCCACUGGGUUUGGCUCAACGGCGGCAUUGGUGCAUCUAUUGUACAGGAGUUUGCUCCACGUGUAGUUGUCAUGUACUUCAUCGCUGCUGUAGCUUUUCUCUUCUAUAUUUCCAAAGUUCCAGAAAGAUACUUCCCAGGACAGUUGAACUACCUCGGCUCGAGUCACCAAGUCUGGCAUAUCCUUGCCGUGGUGAUGCUGUAUUGGUGGCAUCAGUCCACAGUGUACAUCAUGCAAUAUCGACACAGCAAGCCCUGUCCUGAGUAUAGCCCAGACUUAACCACUUCAAUGAAAUUUCUGACUUUGAGGCUCUGGACCUUACCUAAUGAGCUGAGAGCUAUGAAGUUACACACUGAGGCAGUUCUUUUUCUGACUUCUGGACUGUCACCUGCUGGCUGGGCCAGUAUAUUAUUAGGAGUUUUGAAAAACCAACAGCAUUGCCUGGAAUCUGACAUCAAUUUCCUGUUCUGCAAUCAAGUCCAAAACAGGUCUUCCUGCAGUGGGACAAUGGAAAGGUGGGCUGUAAGACUCAGCAGUCAGAUCACAGCAGUAUUUUUUUCGCUUGGUAAACAUGAACAACAGAAGUAAUUACCCUUGCUGAGCUAACAGGCCCAUAUACCAGGUUUUCAGGUUUUGUUCAAGAGCGUAAUUGAGAAAGUGCUCCUGACAGCGUGCUUGUGAAACCAUGGUAACUGUGGGACCCGGUCCUGGAUCUAAAUCACAGUGGUACGGUGUGUUGCAUCCUUCAGCAUCCUUGUCUGAAUGAUGUGCUUACACUUCAGCAUCAGUAUGGUAAUGUAUGAAAUUUAAUUCAGAGGAUUCUUGUCCUUUCUGAACAAGCUCUUUUUCUGGAAGAUGAGAUCACAUGUCAUCCACUAUAGCUAUAUCUUCAUUUCAGAUCUUACAAAUUGCCUCUCUCAGUAUGGGUAGUGCCAUCACUUCAAGAAACUUCUCUAGAUCAUGGUAAUUUGGAAUUAGUAUUCUAAAAUGUUUCAGGAGUAGCACUAAGCCUGGAUGUUCCUAUUUGUUACUAUCUUGCAAUCAGUAGAGUUGCUAAUGAUUUUUUUAAGUUACAUUUGUUUAACAGGAUGGAGUAACACACCUCAAGUACUGAACCCACUGGGGAUUCAAGUCACUGAACUUUGGCCUUUUAAGGUGUGAUGCAUUAUACUGUACUUGCAGACUUUGUUACUGAAAAAGACUUAAUGCCAUAACCUUUCUCCAGUUAAAAGGUUGCCUUGGGUUUUAGAAUCUAUCUUGGAACCAUCUCUUAUAAACUCAAUACUAGGGAGACAUAAAAUACACAGGUUAUUAAAUAGCUGUAGCUCAGCAUGAUUAACCUCAAUGGGUGCCAGUUUUUCAAACAGGAUUUGGAUUAUUUGGAUUUUUGGGUUAGAAACAACAUUUUUAAGUGACUUCUAGAUAGCAGCUGUGCUUUUGUUUACAGUUCAGUUGAGCGGUGGUAGCAAAUGCUGCCGCCUCGCACGAUCAAGUGUUAGUCAGCAUUAGCCAUUUGGAGAUUCCUCUGCUUGCUUCAAGAUGCUGUUACAACUUAAUCCCAAGCAGUAAAAGUUUGGGACCAGAGCUGUUGCAGGAUGCAAUUGCAUCAGCAUGGCUAGUGUAGGAAAGCAGCAGAUUUUAACUUUUUAACUGUUUCUGCUGUGACUACAGGCAGAAAUCUUCAGUUGUGGAUUAAAAACUGUCCUAGCUCACCUCACUACACCUCCCCUUGUUACCUGCAGCGUGGCCUUCGAUAGUACCCCUGCAUCUUCUCUCAUAUUCUGUGACCAUCUGCCAACAGCCAGCUUAAUGCACACUGAUGGGCCUUCUAAGGUGUCAAACAAUUUGUUUUACCCCUGCGGCCACGGAUGGGACAGCACUGCCCAGCAGGGGGGGCAGAGACCUUAUACAACUGUGCCAAAAGCCGUGUAACAGUCGGGAAGCCCUUAAUGAACUGUCGGCCUUACCAGUGCUCUGCCCUUGCCUCUGGGGGAGGGUUUUCCCUUGCUGGGGUUUACUUCAGGCAGAGAGGGCGAGGCUGGGCUUAGUGCAGUGCGCUUCACGGGGCGGGCAGGCUGCUGUCAGGCUGCUGUCGGGUCCCCUCUGCGCCGCUGCCGCCUCCCGGGCUACACACGCCCAGCUGUCCCCGCCUUUGUCGGCGGGGUGUGCCAAGAACUUGUGGAAUAUCGGUGGGAACUUACUGUCAGGCACGGAGAAGGCAGGAUACUACCUUCUCUGCUGCUAUGCUGGAGAGUAAUUCCAACUGUCUGUUAAGUUCAGGGGGUUGGGUUUGGUUUUUUUAUUUUUCAACUCCAGAAACAAGUAGUGGUAAGAGCUGACUGCAUUUAAGAUUCAACUCCCAGACCUUUGAGCCUUUCAGUGUAAACACUGAAAUUAUUAUUUUUUAAACUUGACAGCCAAGCAAGUUUCAAGUGCACUGAUUACUACUACUGAAGCCUGAUAAGGUGCAAGUAUAAAAGCCUGUUUCCAGUGUUAUGUGAACAAUAAUAUUUGAAGAAUGUGUGUUUGUGUAUUGAAAGCAUACUGACUUUAUAGUUUGCUAAUGUAUUUUUUUUAUGUAAACUCCCAACUACUGUAGCAGUUUUCACUGGAGAAGGAAACUGACUGCAAAGCUGUGCGUUUUUAUUACCCUGACAGAAUUUAUCAAGCUGCAUGAUGGUCUUUUAUGUACAUACUGAACAUGUAAAUAAAUUUCAGUUCAUUGGAUGUUUA